AUGGCUGUGCAACGAGCUGCGCUGCACGGGAUGCUUCUUCUGGCGGCGGCGGCGAGCGGCGCCGCGGCGGCGAAGGUCCCGGCGGUGUACGUCUUCGGCGACUCCACUGCCGACGUGGGUAACAACGACUACCUGCCGUGGAGCAUCCCCAGGGCCGACUUCCCUCACAACGGCGUGGACUUCCCCGGCGGCAGGCCCACCGGCAGGUUCAGCAACGGCCUCAUCGGCGCGGACUUCCUGGCCAUUGCUAUGGGGUUCAGCGGGAGCCCGCCACCUUACCUCUCUCUCAUGGCGGCGACUGCUGCCAACAGCAGCAGAAGCAGCAGUGAGGUGACGAGGAACACGACGAUGGCAGCUGCAGCAGCUUACAUGAGCGGAGCCAACUUCGCUUCUGCAGGCUCUGGUCUUCUUGAUUCCACUGGUUCUACAAUCAGCAUGACCCAGCAGAUAGGGUACUUCUCAGACCUUAAAGACCAGAUGUCAAACAGAUUGAGUGCUGGCAAAGUGGCGGACUCGCUGUCAAAAUCCAUCUUCCUCAUAAGCGCCGGGUCGAAUGAUGCAUUUGACUUCUUCUCACAGAACAGAUCACCAGACUCCACUGCAAUUCAGCAAUUCUCUGAAGCUAUGAUCUCCACGUAUGAUAGCCAUGUCAAAACAUUAUACCAUUUGGGAGCGAGGAAAUUCGCUGUGAUCAACGUGCCACUGAUUGGGUGCUGUCCAUACCUGAGAAGUCAGAACCCAACAGGAGAAUGUGUUGAGCGAUUGAAUCAGAUAGCCAAGAGCCUGAAUGAUGGAAUCAAGGACCUGUUCAGCAAUCUCAGCUCAGAAAUGCAGGGCAUGAAGUAUUCCAUUGGCAGUGCUUAUCAGCUUGUCUCUAGUCUGAUUCAAAGCCCACAUGCCGCUGGGUUGGAGGAAGUGAAGAGUGCAUGCUACGGUGGUGGCAGGUUCAAUGCUGAGAUAGGGUGCACCCCCAUCUCCAGCUGCUGCAGUGAUCGCAGCAAAUACCUCUUCUGGGACCUGCUGCACCCUACCCAAGCUACCUCCAAGUUUGCGGGACUUGCUUUCUACAAUGGACCAGAACAGUUUGUCAGUCCCAUCAGCAUCAAGCAGCUAGUUGAGGCAUAA